AUGUCUCGGAUAUUUGAUCCGUAUAGAGUUCUUGGAUUAUGUUCUUCAGAUGUUCCAUUUGUUGUGAAAUAUAUCCCGAAUUCUGAGGCGUAUUAUGCUGUAGUGCCUACAGGGGAAAGGUUCAAUUUAUACAAACUUCCUAGAUUGACUUUAGUUGGGACAAGUGAUCCUGUCGAAUCCCCUAUUAGGUCGUUUGUCUCAUGUGGUAACAUCCUAGUUGCUGCUGCUGGGAAAGCCAUAUACACAUUUCGCAAUUCGCGAUACCUGCUGCAGAAGCUCGAGCUGCACGCAUACAAUAUUACACACUUAUGCGUACUUCAUAACACAAUUUUAGUGUCAGUCGAUGAAGGGGGGUUCGUUAGGGCGUGGAAUACAAAAACGUGGGAGUUUUCUGUUGAGGUCGAAUUCUCGCGAAAAUCUUUCUAUAUCACAUCUGUGCUCCAUCCCCAGAACUACAAAAACAAGGUCCUUUUUGGCAGUUCUCAGGGUGCUCUGCAGUUGUGGAAUAUUGUAUCUCAGAAGCUGCUUCAUUGGUUCAGAGGUUUUGAUGCAUCCGUUACUUGCUUGCAACAGGCUCCGGCCAUUGAUGUCUGUGCUGUUGGUCUAGCUGACGGACGUAUUAUUAUUCACAACCUUAAAUAUGAUGUCACACUAAUGAAAUUCGCUCAGGAUUGUGGGGCCAUUACAUCCAUUGGCUUUAGAAGUGGUUCGCAUGGUUUGCAGAAGCCGUCGAAUAUUGAUGAAAAUAGUUGUGUUACUUUGUUACCUAGCCAAAAUAAUGAUGUCUACUUAGUAUCUGGUUGUGAAACGGGAUACAUCAAUUGUUGGGAACUUAAAGAGGAUGGCAAAAGUCGAUCAGUUGGUCAAGCGCGUAAUUUACACUGUGGUAGUGUGAUCACAAUAUAUUGUAUACCCGGAGGCGAUGCAGCUAGUGCAAUGGUUACAUCUGGAUCAGAUAACUGCAUAAAAGUAUCUUACUUUGACCGACCUGAUGGUGGUCCACGCACAGUGUACCGUCGAGUCGGACACUCUCGUCCCCCAAAUCGUGUAGUAUUUUGGCCUGGGAGUUCUGCAGGUGGUGCGAUGCUACUCAGUGCUGGAAAAGAUGGCGCUCUUCGUGUAUUUUCAACCUUCAACGAAUGUUCUGAUAAAAGUCUUGGCUGUGCUUAUGCCCCUGGUGCUCCAGAUUGUCGAAAAGCUACUCGUGAACAACGUUCCUCCUGGUUAUUACCUGAAGUAGUUGACUUAGCUGCUUGCGCUACACGCGCUGAAGCGUGGGACAACAUAAUUGCUGUCCAUGGUGGAAAGCGUCAAGUAACCAGUUGGAAUUUUAUGAAAGCUACGCGUGGUCAACAUUGUUUCGAUGCAGUGAAAUUUCAUGGUUUUGGUGGUGAAGCAACUCGGCUGUAUAAGAAAACUGUGGCCACGUGUGUCUAUCUGACAAAUUGUGGCAAUUUCGCUCUGAUCGGUUAUUCAAGUGGAGACGUUUUUAAGUUUAAUAUGCAGUCUGGUUUAGAACGUGGUUCAUAUGGUUCUCCCAGUGCUCAUCAAUACUCGAUUGUUGGAGUGGCUGUUAAUAAUGUGAAUCGUGUUACAAUAACAGUUGGUGGAAGUGAAGUACGGUUUUGGUCAUUUAAUGAGCAUGAAUUACUUGAACAACUAGAUCUUCCGUCAACGUCUUCACUAGUUAGAUUUCACGCAGACAGUGAUAUUUUAGGCGUGGCUUUAUCAAACGCUUCCAUUACUUUAAUUGAUGCGUUACACCGACAAGUUAUCCGUACUUUUGUUAACUCUGAAGUCCAACUUUGUGUUGAUAUGGACUUUUCAUUCGACGGUCGAUGGUUAAUUUCUGCACAUCAUGGUGACCCAUUAAUAAAAACUUGGGAUAUUGUUGAUAGUAAAUUAAUUGAUUGUUUUCGUGUAGAACUUCCUAUCACGUCAAUCUCUUUAUCUAAAGCUAAUGAAUUUCUGGCAACAACUCAUGCAAAUUGUCUCGGUAUCUACUUAUGGGAUAACCGUGCCGCUUAUAAACGUUUGCAUCUUCAACCACUGCCAACUGACUACAUUCCAUGUAAGGGUCAGUCGCCAGUAUCAUUACCGAACAGGGUAGUGAUUACACGUAAUACAGGCGAUGAGAUUGAACUAGGCAUGCGUACAGAUGAGGAGGAAUUCGUUGAUCAAGAGUGUACAGAUGACCCACCAUCUGAAGAGUCUGUGGAGCAUGUCUACAUUUCUCCUGCACAACUGGAUGGUCGUCUUGUAACACUUUCGGGAAUCCCAUCAUCCUACUUCACAACACUUUUACAUUUGGAUCUUAUUCGAGAACGUAGUAAUCAUGCCACUAAACAUCCUAUGAAUUCCGAGUAUAUGAAUGACACGCCUGGUAGUGCAGAUCCAAGGAAUUUACCAUUUUUCCUACCAGUAGUUGAAACCAAUAAAGGUUUAUCUUGGGCUGAUAAGGAUGCUGGUCAUGAUGACGGUGAUUCAGGUAAGGAGUUGUCAACCAAACAGGCUUCCAAUGCAAAAUCUAACAAACGACGUGGCCUAUUGGAUAAAGAUUUCACACACGCAAUUGAACCGAUACCUAGUCUAUCGACAAAACUUGUUCAAGCCAAAUCAGAUGACAAGUUCGAUGAAAUUUCUCACUCCCUCAAAUCAGUUGGACCAAAUGCUUUAGAUUUAGAAAUUCGUUUACUUAUCCCGUCAGAUGAAGAUGAAAUACUUAGCAUUGAUAGUUCACAAACAAUGAGACCUCACAAUCAUUUAUCAAAUUCCUAUCAGAAAUUAUAUGCAUUUCUACGAUAUCUAAUUAAUAGAUUUCAGUCCAAUCGAGAUGUUGACUUCGCGUGUAUCUGUUUGGAAAUCGUACUUCAACGACAUAAUGAUAUUCUGUUUCGUCAUGAUCGACAGUACAAUAUAGAUUCAUGCGAUCAAACGAUUAAACAAUAUUUGGAAAUGAGUGAAGAUAUGGAAUCAUUUGUAUCCUCUCACUCGACCAUUUUAAGUCUUAUUAAACAAGCUGUGAAAGCUAAAGAAAAGUCGCAAUCGCAAUUGACAAACCGCAUAACGCAAUCCUUAUGCUUAGUUGA